AUGUCGUGGCUUUCCACCUUACGUGCUAAAUUACGGCCAAGGGUUCGAAUGAACGCGAAGGGUCCGAAUCAAUCCUUGGGACAGCAUUGCAGCGAUCCAAAGCGCGAGACCAAACCAGAACGCAAGGCUGAACCAGAGCGCAAGGCCGAGCCAGAGUGCAGGCUCGAGCCGGAGCACAAGGCCGAAGCAGAGCCCAAGGCCGAAGCAGAGCCCAAGGUCGAACCAGAGCCUAAAGUCGAGCCAGAGCGCAAGGCUGAGACGGCGCCCAUGGCCGACUCCAUUCUUAAGCCAUCGGCCCAUGUUUUUACGAAACUGCCGCUCGAGUUGGUACAUGUGGUCCUUGCAUUUCUGGAUCUGCCAGCAAAGAUAUGUCUUUCCCUUACCUGCAAGAGAUUACACUCGAGCCUCACGCCUACUCUGGCAAUCGGUCCCAUGUCUCGCUUUGAUCGACGUCAACUACUACAUUUGGUGGAGAAGGAUUGCCCAAAGCUUCUGUUCUGUGCCCGGUGCGAGAAGUUGUUCAGAUGGAGACUCAGACAUCCGGAGGCUCCGUUCCGGGGUUUUGGAUGUCCCUGCACGCCAGAUCUCGACCGCUUCGGGUGGGAUGCCGAGGUAUCAUAUCAUCGUGUUCCCGAACCUGCCGCCAUUGUGACGACAGAGGUGCGAGACUUACUGCUCCGCUCGGCAGUAGUCAAGAGCUCCAAGUACGACGGCAUGAUCAAGGCGUUGUGGGCAUCACUGAAUCGCAAAACAACGUCUACCGGCACUUGUUACUUUCGCGGGUUUCCGUGCCCGGCCACAACGAAACUCAAGGUUCUGGACGUCGAAGGCGCAUUACUCGUAAGAUGUGAACGCAUGUACGAGGUUUCACGCGCCUGGCACUUCAACGAACUGCCGCGCACGGCAAAGUUAGAGGCUUCCAAGCUGAUCUUUCCUGGCCUCUGCCAGAAAGAAAGACUGCGCGUCGCGAACGCCCUGACUUGCGCACUGUCGCACAAGCGUGCGUAUGCAUUCCAAUGUCCAGGCCACAAUGAAGUUGCGACAAGGUUGAUGAGGAGGGUUCCUGAAUGUCAACAGAUGCUCUACUGCACCGACUGCAACACGGACGUGCUCAUCACGACAGGCUCUGUGGUAGACGAUAAAAAUACAAGCUUGAUCCGAAUCUGGAUCACGUCGUGGCAAGACUUUGGAAGGAGAGGCGAUCCUUGUCGAGUCUGGUCGAGCUCACCGAACAAUCUCGAUCGAUGUCUGUGGACUGUACCUGUUGGUGAUAUAGCGUCAUCCUUCCGCAAGGCCACGACUCUCUCACCUAUUGAUUCAGCCAGACGUCGGGCUUGGGAGGCGAUUCGCCCGAGGAAGGACUCCGACUAUGUGGAACGCGAAACUUCGAAAUUUAAGACCACCUUGUACACAAAUCCUAAAUCUGACGAACCACGCUUCGCACCGGAGGUCGAGCAAAGCAUCGAUGCUGCGCUCAGGGUAGGGCAGAGAAUACCUAAUGAAAGCUGGGAGAACCAGACAUUUUGUGGUUGGGAUAGCCCAACCUUGGACUGGCUCUCCUCUCCUGCCGUACUUUUUCAAUACGGCCACAUAAGUGGUUUCAACACUGCAGAGUAUGUCCUGUCACCAGAAGGACGCUAUCCAAUCCGCGCCUCAAGGAGAAAUGCGAUAUCGGUACACCAUUCAACAGAAAGGAGGCGAGAAACUGAAGAGUCACCUUGCUGA